AUGCUCCCGGAGCUCCCCUCUUUCCGAGGAGGACCGUCACGUGACUCGGCCUCACCCAAUCCGCGCGUGGGCCGCGGGGGUCGCCGCGGUUCCCGCCAAAUACGAGCGCGGCGGCCGCGGCAGCAGCGGCGCGGGCGGGAGGGCGAGCAGCAGUGGCUGCCUGAGCGGAGCCCGCGCCUCCGCCGCCUGAGGGGAGCUCGAGACGCCGCCGGGGCAAUGCUGGAGGAGCUGGAGUGCGGGGCGCCGGGCGCCCGCGGAGCGGCCGCAGCCAUGGAUUGCAAAGACAGACCAGCUUUUCCAGUCAAGAAGUUAAUACAAGCUCGUCUGCCGUUCAAGCGCCUGAAUCUUGUCCCAAAGGAGAAGACUGACGACGGGUUGGACGACGUGGGGGGCGCUCAGGGUGCUCCUGUGCAGGGUCACGCCCCUGAUUUAGAGACCUCUUUGGACCACUUGGAGGACAACUGUCACGUGGGCUCCGACAUAGAUUUUAGGCCAAAACUUGUCAACGGGAAGGGCCCCUUAGAUAACUUUUUAAGAAGUCAAGUCGAAACCAGUAUUGGCCAGACUGUGGUCAUAACCGAUUUGACGGAGGACUCGAGUGACCCACCGGACGGUACUGUGGGCCACGAUAAGCUAAAUUCUACAGUCUCUCCCUCCCAGGAGAAUGUAAACGGGGUCACAGAGGAAGCUGGAGAUGACAGGGGGCUGCCAACGGUCAGUCAGAAGGACGAGCUGGCGUUUCCCGAAGAGGCCCUUUCAGACCUCCCGUGCAAGACGGAGGCGGGGGGUGCUGACUCGGGGGGCAUGGAGAGGAGGGGACUCGCACAGAAGGGGUCGCCCCAAAGCUGCCCCGAGCUGACCGGUGGCCUGAGAACGUGCUCAGAGAAGGACCAGGACGGCUGGAGCGGGGCCAGGGGCAUCCUGUUCAAAGGGAAGGUGCCUGUGGUUGUCCUGCAGGAUAUCCUGGCUGCCAGACCCCGAGCCAAGUCUCCUCCUGCCACACCUCCGGGCCAGGCUGUGCCCUCCGAGAGCGAGACGCUGGAGUCCAGCCCCGAAGAGGACUCUGUCCUGAGCCAUUCGUCCCUGAGCUCCUCCUCUCCCACCAGCUCACCCGAGGGGCAGUCUGCGCCCGCCAAGCAGCACAACAGCCCUAGCCCCCUCCCCGCCUCCACACCCGUCCGCAGAAUAAGUAAGAAAUUGGUCAAAGGCUCUGCAGAGAAGAACAAGAUGAGACUGCAAAGAGAUAAGGAGCGCCUGGGCAAGCAGCUGAAGCUCCGGGCCGAGAAGGAGGAGAAGGAGAAGCUGAGGGAGGAGGCCAAGCGGGCCAAGGAGGAGGCCAGAAAGAAGAGGGAGGAGGAGAAGGAGCUGAAGGAGAAGGAGCGGCGCGAGAAGCGGGAGAAGGACGAGAAGGAGAAGGCAGAGAAGCAGCGGCGCAAGGAGGAGCGGCGCAAGGAGCGCCAGGAGGCCCUGGAGGCUAAGCUGGAGGAGAAGAGGAAAAAGGAAGAGGAGAAACGGUUGAGAGAAGAAGAAAAGCGCAUUAAAGCUGAGAAGGCGGAAAUCACGAGGUUCUUUCAGAAACCAAAGACUCCACAGGCCCCCAAGGUAACAUUAUUGAGCACCUACUGUGUACCAGACACUCUUCUAGUGUCACGGCAGUGA